AAGUUUGGUUUUUUCUUUCAUCCCUCUUAACUUGUAUUUAUAUAAAGAACAACAACAUAAAUAGAGGGAUAGAGCAGAGUAGCUAAUUGCAUUUGCAAAAUAAUAUCAUUCUCAUUCUCUUUCACUUUCAUCAUCAGUGUUAGUUCUUCUGAGCCUAAAUAACACCACCCUUUUCUAUACUGUGUAGUUAAGAGUGUGUGUGGAGAUGAACAUAUCACAAUCACAAUACAAUAGUGGGUGUGAAUCUGGGUGGACACAUUACCUAGAUCAGUCGUAUCUUUCUGGAAGCCAUGGGAUUCAAAAAGGUGAUGAUUAUGUAGGAACAAAACCAGAAUUUGAAGAGGAAGAAGAGGAGGAGGAUCUAUCCAUGGUGUCUGAUGCUUCUUCUGGACCUCCACAUUACCAAGAAUUAUAUGAAGAUGGGUGUUCGUUUUCUGUUAAUUCUUCGGCUUCCAAAUUAGGCAAGAAAAAGAAGAGCAAAGAAAGUAGAGGCAAAGAACAACACCACCAUCUUGAUGACACCGCUAGCUCCUCAGUCUUCAACUACUACUCCAAGAAAAAGAUGAGUACUCUUUCCAAGAAUGAACCUUCAAUGCAGAAUGUACUGGAAUACUCUGAGGGUUUCUCAACAACACAUAUGAAGGGAAAAUCUGCUUUGCUGCAGCACUUUGGUUACUUGAACUCAUCUCUAGCUCCACAAAACCUGGUGAUUUUCAAGGAGGAGGCUGGGAGUAAUGAUUAUGAUGGGAAUGAAUGAACUGUUUCAUCUGCUGCUGCAGUUGUGAAUAGAGAGGUGUAUUGGGGGACAAUGUAAAAGAUAAAAGGGAACAGUUGGAUCUCAAAUGGAUCUUGUUCCUCACUUUUUCUUUUUUCUUUCUUCCACAAUUCUAGUGAUUUAUAUUUUUCUUCUUGUCAACGCAAUGGGAAACAACCUGAGAGAACAUAAAAUAUUAAUAAACCUUCAGUCUUUUGAUUUCA